AUAAGGUGGCCCUCUAUCUAGUUUUGUGCCUUUCUUUUCAUCCACUACCUUCCUUCUCUUGUUUUUAUCAAAAACACACUUGUUAUGUUUAAGUCUUUCUGUUUUUCUUACCAGGAUUUUCUUUAGGCCACAAAACUAACCCUUUUCUUUUCUCUUUCUUGUUAACCCUUUUGGUUGUUCAAUUCAUGUCUGGUUUGUAUAAUCAGAUUUCCUCACCAGGAACAGCAAGGGCCAAUUCACCAAAUAUAAACAUCAGAACCAAUUUUGAUGUUGUUGAUAGUCAAUACUUAAAUGAGUUGGUAGCAGAAUACCAGAAGCUUGGACCUUUCAUGCAAGUCUUACCCUUAUGUACUAGACUCUUAAAUCAAGAGAUUUUAAGGGUUUCUGGAAAGAAUGGAUUGAUGCAGAACCAAGGGUUUAGUGAUUAUGACAGAAUGCAAUUUGGAAGUCACAAGCCUAGUGUUAUGCCUUCUUUGGAUACAACACAAAAUUUUACAGGCUGGAACAGCAUGUCACAUGAAGGGUUAGGUGGAGUACAAGGACUAAAUGUGGAUUGGCAAAGAGCACCAACAGUCUCAAAUUCUCACAUUGUGAAGAGAAUGUUGCGUUUGGAUAUUCCUCAUGAUAGCCAUCCAAAUUUCAACUUUGUUGGGAGGCUUCUUGGACCAAGAGGUAAUUCACUCAAGCGAGUCGAGGCUACUACCGGUUGUCGCGUAUUCAUCAGAGGAAAAGGUUCAAUAAAAGACUUAGAUAAGGAAGAGUUGUUGAGGGGAAGACCAGGAUUUGAGCACUUGAAUGAACCACUGCACAUUUUGAUUGAAGCUGAAUUACCUGUCAAUGUUGUUGAUUUAAGGUUGAGACAAGCACAAGAAAUCAUAGAAGAGUUACUCAAACCUGUGGAUGAGUCACAGGACAUAUACAAAAGGCAACAACUUAGAGAACUUGCAAUGCUGAAUUCAAGUUUUAGAGAAGAGAGCCCUCAACUGAGUGGUAGUCUCUCUCCAUUCACCUCUAAUCAUGAAAUAAUCAAACGAGCCAAAACUGAACAAUAGUCUUUUCUACAUUCAGAAAUUGUUUGUUGCAUUUUAAAUUACUUCAUGUGUGUAUAUAUAUUUAUUGUCACAUUCAACUGUAUUAGUAAGACUUGUAAAAUUAACACAAUUAUUACUCUAUAUAUUUUGACAAGUUCGUGGUGUAUCUUUCUCUAA